AUGCCACGCCGAGAGUCUGUGGUCCUGUCACCACUGCUGCUGACUGCAGGUGUUACGAUCAUGAAUGAGAGCUGCGAGGGAAUCUCAACCACAACAAGUACAAGCCGUGGCUUUGGCAUCAUGCCUUUGUGUGUGCUGUCUCAGAGCAGUCCGAUGCCAGCUCAUCUCACCCGGACCUCCAUCUCUGCCAUCUGCACCGGCUCCGACUGGACCAAUGUUUUUGUCAAGGGGAGAGUGCUGCACAAAGAUGCUCUGCUGCCGCUCGACGACGACGACUUCAUACUAAAGGCUGUCAUUCAAGAUGUAGAGUCCUCUCCUUACGCUGCUCAGGAUGUGUCCAUUCAGAUGCUCCUGAUGGGUUCACUGGCCAAGGACUUUUCUACAACUGUCAAAUUAGGAGACGUGGUCGGGGCUUCUGGCUUCACUGUCUCCAAGUCUUCCACAGUCAAAAAGAACCGGCAUCCAUGCACGCUGCUGCUGUCCGGGGAGAGUGCCUGCAUCUAUGUGGGUUCUCCUGAAGCUAAUCCUGAAGUGACGAGAAUGUCUCCUAAAGCAUCUACAGCGACGGAUCAUCCGGAGUCAGAAGUGGAAUCUGUGGUGACCAGAAAAAGAGCCCCACGGAGCACACAGCAGGCGGCUAAUGCUAAGAAAACAAAGUAUGUGUAUACUCCGCUGGACCAGCUUAAGGUCGGGGAAAGAGUGAAUGUCUAUGGAGUGGUGGUUUUCUUCAAACAUCCCUUUAUGUCCAAUGGAACAGAUUAUUGCUCAUCCAUAAAGAUUACCGACAAGUCUAACCUGAAAAUUGGAUGCAACAUUUUUCUUGCGAAUAUGGAAGAGCAUCCUCAAAUAUUUCAAGUUGGAGACAUCAUCCGCUUGCAUCGAGUCAAGGUGAACUCUUUUAACGCCGUCUCCUUGAUCAACACGUUUGGCUUUUCUGCCGUGACCUUUGACGGCAAAGAGGGGGAGCCCGUGGAACCUCGGACCUCCAGUCAGACCUUCCACUUUGAUGCAGACGACGAGCGCAUGGUGGAGGAGUUGAGAGCGUGGUCCUCCAGCCAGGCCCUAAUACCCCCCACCCCAAGCAUGACUCUGUCUAUGGUGCAGCCCAGAACCUACUUUGACCUGAACUGCCAGCUCCUCGCCAAAGCGCCCAUCGACUCAUCCUGCACUCUGCUCAGGGUGUGGGAUGGGACCAAGUGUCCGCACACACUGCAGAAGGUGCAGGUGGAGCCAGGUACAACUGAAGGACCCUCCUCCUUCUCUGCUGAACGAGAGAACGUCAUUGCCAAUGUCCUGGUCUACGACAACCACGUGGAGGUCGCCAGCCAGCUCAAGCCUGGAGACUUCCUGAGGAUCUACAACGUGCGGUCCCUCCCAGGCUCCAGUAAAGUCCCGGGGCUGACGGAGACCGAGCCGCUGGAGCUGGACCACCUGGUCUUCCACCUGCACGGAGGGACCACAUACGGACGGGGCAUCAGGGUUCUGCCCCAAAACUGCCCCACCGUGCUCCAGCUCCAGAGAGCGAUUGCAGGGUUUAUAGAAGAUGAAAACGACUCUGUCAUGAUGGAGGUGUGGGGCACGCCACCAGAGUCUCUGGGUCCUGAGUUUCUGAACACUGACAGCAUCACAGAGAGAACGUGCAGACACGACACUGGCCCCGUGAGUCUGUCUGAAGUCCAGCGGUCGGCUCCAGGUCAAGUCCACCACGUCAGAGUCCAGCUGAAGUCCUACCAGCCCCAGAGACUGCACCAGUGCCUCAAGCUGUUCUGCCCCAAGUGCUCCACCAUACAGGACGUCCCGAAUGAGGAGCAGGUGUCGGCGGUGUUUUCUGCUGCGUCCCAGGACAGGGAGGUGUGCGCCGCUCCUCCCUGGUCUCUCUCCGGGGAGGUCCAGCUGCCGUCUCAGUCUCCAGGACCCUCCUCCUCCUCCUCCUCUUCCUCCUUUCUCAGAGCGUACUUCUCCUCACAGUUCAUGUCCGGAAACAGGAACAAGCAGCUGCUGUUCCUCCAAGGAGCCGGUCUGGAGCAGGUGAAGACGCUCGCCUCCUCUUACCUGAACAUCGUCCCAGUGCGGUCAUCAGGAGGUCAGCUGGCUCUGCUCGAUCUGUCCGUCCCCGUCCUGUUCAGAGGCAGGAGGAAAUACUACGGGUGCAAAAACUGUUCCAAUCCCGCGGUGAGGGAGCCCAACGUGGAGGGGGUCGAGGUGAUCUCUGAGAAGCUACUGGCAGAAGCUCUGGGCGUGGAGCUGCUGCACUACAUGCUGCUGCUGAAGCUGGAGCUGCAGGACCCCUCGGGCUCGCUGGACGUCCUUUUGUGGAGAGACGCGGAGUUGUUUUUCAACGUCUCUGCGGCUGAUGCAGCGUCCAACCAGGCGGCUCAGGACCACAUCCGUCAGACCAUGGAGUCCCUGUGUCCAGCAGAGGGCAGCACCGCCCGUCGCCCGUGGCUGGACAUGUGCCUGGUCUCUUAUCAAGACAAAGUUUACCAGACGUGCCACACCACAGUCUCCACAACUGCCCCUGAACCUGACCCGGCCUGA